AUGGCCACCACGACGAUAACCAUCACCAGUACGAGCGCGGCGUCAGCACCCGGCACGCCGGCGGCCCCGGGUGCGGCCAGCGCGGGCCCCGCCACCCCCGCCCCGGCCUCCAGCGGCGCGCCCUCCCCCGGCACCGUCACCGUCACAGGGUCGACCGCGGCCGCCGGGACGGGCACGUGCGCCUCGUGCGCCUCGUGCGCGGCCAGCGUGCGCGCGUCGUGCGAGGCGUGCAGGGCGCGUGGGGCGCGCGCGAGGCGCAGUCGCUGCCUCGUGCCCGCGUGUACCGGCCGAGCCAAGCGCCUAAGACACCUGCCGCCGCGGUGGCACGACCUCGCCCCGGAACUGAAGAGACCGCUUCUGGACGAAUUCCAAAUUCCAUCGGACCUGAGCAAGUGUUGCCUGGCGUGCUUCAAGCGCAUCACGCGGCGGCUGGACGCGCUGGGUGAGGGCCCCGCGCUGGGCGAGCCCUCGGAGGAGGAGGCGGGAAGGUUCCGCGCGCUGCUGCGCGAGCACGGGUGCGCUUGGGACCGCAUGGCGGCGGCGAGCGGGCGGCCGGCGGCCAGCCUGCGCGCCUUCUACUUCACGUACCGGAAGCGACUGCAGCUGGACGCCGGCGGACUGGACGCGGCCGCGCUGGACAGCGCGAGCGGCGACAGCGACACGGCCAGCGCUGGCUCGCCGCGCCCGCCGCCGCUGCCCGGCCCGCGCACUGACGCCGUGGCGCCGCGCAGACAUCGCCGCGACGAGUACGACUCCUCCGCCACUGAGACCGCCGACGAGGAGAACGACGCGCCCGCCGCAAAGAGUGAAUGUGUUACGCAGGCUGUAGCGUCGUCUGCGUCGGCGCCGAUGACUGUACGAGACGUUGUGCUCAAUAUGAUCGAGGUGAGCCUGCUGAAGAACGUACGUCCGCCGCACCUUCCGCCACAAACAUCGCACGCACCGCCCCACACCACUCACACCACAAAGCCUCCGCCGCACGAAUCCCUGGCGACACUGACGGUGGUGGGGGGGCACGGCGCGCACUCGCACUCGCACGGCCUGGCCCACGUGUCGCAGGCGCCCCGCUCCCCGCGCUCACCGCGCUCCCCGCACCGACCCGCCACCAUCACGCCGCUGCCGCUCCCGCUCGCCCCGCCAGAGGACCGCCUCGAGCGGCGCGACCUCGACCCGCGACACGACCAGCGGCAUGACCAGCGGCACGACCAGCGACACGAGCCUCUGCUCGAUCUCAGCGUCAAGCGACCCAGGAUAGACUCCUUCACACAUCCCAACAAACCGACUUGUAGAACCCCGAGCGAAUACACGUACAGAGCGGCGGAGAGAGAAUCGCCCACGCUGUACGCGAAGGGUCAGGGCGCGGCGAGGGCGGCGCUGCCGGCGCGCACGCCUACCAAGGGCAACGCGAAAGGCUCCAUCACGGCCGGCACGCCGAUCGCCGAGCGCUUCGAGCCCAAGCCGGGCUCCAUCACUGCGGGCACCCCCGUGCUCGGCCCCCACCACGCCCCCGACAAGCGACCCUUCGACACAUACUUCAAGCGGCGCAGCCCCGGCGCCUACUACACGCAGCAGCGCCCACAGUCACCUUCACAGUUUACAACGUCAACGAGCGGUUCAAACGCGCCCUCUAGCGGCACUGGCUACCACCUGGAGCGGCGGCAGAUCAUGCUGACGGACUUCAUCACCUCGCAGCAGAUGCACGGCGCGGUGAGGCGGGGGGCGGAGCCCGCGCGCCGGGACCACGACGCCGUGUCCGUCAUCACGCGGCACACGCACGCCCACCCCCAUCCCCACCAACACCCACAUCCUCAUCCACACCCCCACACGCACCAGCACGGCUACCCGCACCCGCCGCCAGGUCACGAAGCGUUUACGUCUCUAGUGAACGCAGCGUCGGCGGCACCUGCACUGCCCGUGCCGCGAGGCUCGCAACCUGACCCUAAACCUGAACCCAAGCUGCACCAACAGCACCAGCAACACCAACAGCACCAACAGCAUCAGCAGCACCAACAACAUCCGCAGCACUCGCAGCACCAACAGCAUACGUUACAUCCGCAGCAUUCACAACAUCAUGAUAUUAGAUCCCAGCGCGAGUUCCCGCUGCCGCAGAAGUACCACCAACCGCUGCAGUACCCGCCGGAGCGCGAGCGGCGCCCCCUGCAGCCGCAGUACGACACCGCGCGCGACCGCAACACCGCACAGAACAGAGAACGGAGUGGCAUGGUGACAAUACCGGAGCGACAUUACGUCAUCGAGCAGCAUCCGCAGCAUCCACAGCACUCGCAACACUCGCAGCAUCAGCAACAUCCGCAGACCCCGCACUCGCAGCACUCGCAGCAUGCGCAGAACUCGCAGCAGCAAGCGCAGUUGCUACACGACAGGCAUCAUAUGCUCCAGCAGACUGGCGGUAGCGGGGGUGCGGGGGCGGACGAAAGGCGUGCGGGGGCGGGGGCGGGGGCGGUGUACAGCGCGCCCAAACAUCGCGCACUCGCCGCCCACAUGCUGGACAGGAAGGACGCAAGAACAUCAGUGAGCUGUUCUACGAGCGUGGUGAGCUCCGUGGGCGUGGCGGGGGCGGGUGUGGGCGUGCCGGGGGCGGGGGCGGGCGCUGCGGGGGCUGCGGGGGGCGUGGCUGCGGCGGGGGCGGGGCCGGCUGACGCACGAAACUUACCCGUUGACGGCAAACUGACCGCCGCCUCGCUCAUCAACGCCAUCAUCACGCACCAGAUCAAUCAGAACAGUGAUCAACGCUUUCCCUUGAGGGACAACGAGGCGGUGAGUGUGACAUGCAGCGUGCCUCCGCCCGGCGCGCCCGGACCUCCCGACCGGGCCCUGGACCGCCUGCCCGACCGGGAGAGAGAGCGCGAGAGGGAGAGGGAGAGAGAACGGGAGCGGGAGAGGGAGCGGGAGGAGGUCAGCGCGGCGCACACCACCAGCAUCAAGUUGGGCGACCUCGCCUCCAACAUCAUCACACGCGACUUCUGCAGCCCCACCACCUCGCUGCAGCAUCACAACAGCAGAUUUGCAAUGGGCAGCGAGGGGUACGGGGCGGUGCAGAACGCGGGCGGGGGCGGGGGCGGCUCCGGGGGCUCGGGGGCGGGGCCCGACGACUGGCGCCGGGACGCCCCCAAACACGCACCCUACCUCGAGCCAGUCUCUCCCCCGGACACACACCACGCCAGCAGCAGCAGUGGGCGGCGCUACAGCGGGGUGGGCGUGGGCGUAGGCGUGGGCGUGGGCGUGGCGGGCGGCGUGCUGACCGCGUACGACUACGUCACCAACCGCAUCGUGGAGGUGAUGCGCAGCGACGCGGACGAGCGCGGCAAGCCGCUCGCCUUCCCCACCGCCUACGCCUAUCCAUUCUCCGCACUCAACGUCGCCACCAACGCGGACGGCGGUGCGACGCCGAGUGCGAGCAGUGUGGGCGCGCCCGCCGGGCCCGCCCAGCCGCCGCCGCCCGAGCCCGCGCCCCUCAUGUCAGCACAGUACGAGCCGCUCUCCGACGAGGACUGA